AUGGCCCCUCGGGGGUCGGCACCGGCUGGUGCUGGAUUGCCUCGUCAGAGGGGAGGAGACCCACUGGUGGUUGGACGAGUAAUAGGGGAUGUUUUGGACCAGUUCACCAGGUCCCUAAGCCUUAGCGUGACCUAUGGUAGCAGAGAAGUGAGCAAUGGUUGUGAGUUUCGACCCUCUCAGGUUGUGAAUCAGCCUAGGGUUGAGAUUGGAGGUGACGAUCUUCGCACCUUCUAUACUCUGGUGAUGGUGGACCCUGAUGCUCCAAGUCCCAGCGAUCCAAACCUUAGGGAAUACUUGCACUGGUUGGUCACUGACAUUCCAGCCACCACGGGAGCAUCGUUUGGCCAAGAAGUUGUGUGCUAUGAGAGCCCACGGCCAUCAAUGGGAAUCCACCGCUUCAUAUUCGUGCUUUUCCGGCAGCUUGGGCGGCAGACGGUCUAUCCACCUGGGUGGCGCCAGAACUUCAACACCAGGGACUUUGCUGAACUUUACAAUCUAGGCUCGCCUGUUGCAGCAGUUUACUACAACUGCCAGAGGAGAGUGGUUCGGGAGGCAGAAGACGAUAACAGAACCCCCAAGUAUGCAAAAAUUAAUGUUAUGUUACUCGUAACAUAAUGAUGAUAAUAGUAUCGAGGCCUUAAAAACUUUAAAAAAAAAAAAAAAAAGUAAUAGUAGGAUCAAGAAGUGUGCUGAUAAUAAUAUGUCUUCUUCCCUAAUUACAUGCUACGUAACACAUGGUGAUGCAUGUGUUAGGGUCAUAUCUCCUUCAUCAAUAGUAAGAAAUCAUCCCAUUUCACUGCAUCUUGAUGCAGUUAAUGUGGUCAUCUCUUAUUAUUUUUCAUUAUCUAUGGGGAUUAAAUAGUGAUGCAGAUACCAUCACAAUGAUGAUAAGAUCAGCUAUAUCUAAGUCAGCUGGUACUCCUCCUCCUGUGUGUUGUUUGUAUGCAGAAACACCAAAAGUUGAAGAUGGUCCAGAUAGGAGUCUACACCCUUGAGCUAGCCCAUUUUUAAACUUUGGUUGGAAAAAUUGGUGUGUAAAACUCAUUAUUAUAUCUUUGAAUUAGACAUAAUUGGUAUGGAUUUUAGUAGUA